UUGAGUAAUAGAAAAAUUAGAUAUAAACACAAAUAUGAUAACAGUUGUUUUUCAGAUGUGAAAAAAUACAAGUGUCCACAUAUCAUCUGUAAUGCAACCAUACGGGGCAAAACCAGAUAUUUAGAACAUGUCCAAAAACAUAAUGAAUCAUCCCGUUAUCAUUGCAAACAGCUCGGUAGUGGCGAAGAAUUCCAUAAUCAUUCAUCAGAAUUUUCUUCCCACAAAGAGGUGCAUCAACCUAAAUUUAAAUGCGAAAAGUGUGGUUUUUCCUCCAAGUACAAGAAUUCAUUGGAUAGACACAAGAAACAAUCCUGCAAAGCUUCUCGUGAGUUUCGCAAAUUCAGCAAAAUUUUUAUCAUUUCUAUGAAACUGAUAUAA